CCCACUUACAGAUAUUAGUGAUCUUUGUCACUGCAGGUAUAUGACUACUUCCUCACCUUAGCCGACGAGGUUGCAUUUUUGACUCAGUCACGAUGGAAAUGGGCGAAGCUGCUUUACAUUAGCUGCCGAUACCUUACCUGCGGUUACUUGUCAUCGGUGAUGCUUAGCAAGCACAGCCCUCGAUGGCAUUGAUUAUUUUUGCUUAUGAUACUUGCAGUGGCAGUGCAACCCACGUUGUCGAUUGAUACGUGUCACAGGUUGUACAAUGUAAACACAUAUACAGGAUGUGCGAUUAUGGCGUGUGCCGAGGGUAUCUUCUUGACUCGCGCUUGUGCAAUUUGGGAACUUGGGAGGCGCGUAACAGUUAUGCUCGUGAUCAGCCUCGGAUUAAUAUACCUUCUUGCUACCCAUGUGGUGCUCUCAAUCAGCCGAUCUGCUGCACCUGAGAUUACGAAGUCUCCCAUCCCUGUCACGAGCUGCUUUGAGACUGGUGAUGGCAGCACCAUCAUAAUCAUCUACGUGAUACUGGCUGCGAUGGAGAUACAAAUAUGGAUAUUCAUGCUAUACAAGGCCAUAGCAAGCUACUGGCGAGAGGGAACCCACAAUCGCCUGCUGGGACAACUGGUUCUCCACAAUACGAUUUACAUGACCUGCGGACUGAUCUCCUCACUCGUAGUCAUAUUAACGACAGCACUUUUCAAGGAAUAUUAUGGUUUCAUGAUCGUGAAGUUUGUACGCAUCUGGCAAGUUACUAUUCAUGCCUUUCUUGUGACGAGGAUGUCUCGUGAACUCUGGAAAGUAGACCAGCAGCGUGCUUCAUUAGAAUCCUUACAUACAUUUUCACCUGAAGCAUUAACUCAGGUGUGAAAUUCUGUCUUUCACCCCUUUCUCUUCAUCCUUUUCGAGCAAUGAACUGGUAUGUCUCUCACCC